CCGCGGCCGAGGGGUAGCCGGGCUCAUGAUUCUGCCGCUGCUCCACGCCUCGUAAAGGCUUCUCAGAGACCAGAGCUGCGCGGGUUCCCAGCCCCCUCGGACCGCCCGCGGGGAACCGAACCUGCGCGCGGGGCCGGGCGGCGGGACACCAGGAAAGGAAGGUGCAAUGGCCACAAAUUUAUCUGUAAUCAUGAUCUUGACCUUUGCCCUUUGGGUUACAAAUCCCCUUCAUGAACUACAAUCAACAGCUGCUUUCUCUCAGACCACUGAGAAAAUUAAUUCAAAUUGGGAAUCUGGCAUUAAUGUUGACGUGGCAGUUACCAUGCAGCGACAUCAUCUGCAACAGCUUUUCUACCGCUAUGGAGAGAAUGACUCCUUGUCAGUUGAAGGCUUCAGAAAAUUACUUCAGAACAUAGGCAUAGAUAAGAUUAAAAGAGUCCACAUACACCAUGACCACGAGCGCCACUCUGACCACGAGCGCCACUCUGACCACGAGCGCCACUCCCACCGAGGUCAUGCUGCCGCUGGGAAAAACAGUCGGAAAGCCUUUUGCCCAGACCUUGACUCUGAUAAUUCAGGUAAAAAUCCGAACACCAGCCAAGGUAAAGGAUCUCGCCCAGCAGAGCAUGUGAAUGGCAGGAGGAAUGGCAAGGAGAGUGCAAGCUCUAGUGAAGUGACCUCGGCAGUUUACAACACUGUCUCUGAAGGAACUCACUUUCUAGAGACAAUAGAGACUCCAAAACCCGGGAGACGCACCAAAGAUAUAAACCCUUCUACCCCACCCAGCAUCACAGAGAAGAGCCGAGUGGGCCGGCUGAGCCGACUAGCUAGGAGGAAAGGCAACGAUUCUGUGAGUGAGCCCAGGAAGAGCUUCAUGUAUUCCAGAACCUCAAAUGACAAUAUCCAGGAGUGCUUCAAUGCAACAAAACUGCUGACAUCCCAUGGCAUGAGCGUCCAGGCUCUGUUGAAUGCAACAGAGUUUAACUAUCUCUGUCCAGCCAUUAUCAAUCAAAUUGAUGCUCGGUCUUGUCUGAUUCACACAGCAAGUGAGAAGAAGGCGGAAAUCCCUCCAAAGACCUAUUCUUUACAAAUAGCCUGGCUCGGUGGCUUCAUAGCCAUUUCCAUCAUCAGUUUCCUGUCUCUGCUGGGAGUCAUCUUGGUGCCACUCAUGAACCGAGUGUUCUUCAAGUUCCUGCUGAGCUUCCUCGUGGCGCUGGCCGUGGGGACUCUGAGUGGCGACGCUCUGUUACAUCUUCUCCCACAUUCUCAUGCAAGUCAUCACCACAGUCAUAGCCAUGAAGAACCAGCAAUGGAAAUGAAAAGAGGUCCCCUGUUCAGCCACCUGUCGGCUCAGAACCUAGAAGAAAGCUCCUAUUUUGAUUCCACGUGGAAAGGUCUGACGGCUCUAGGGGGCUUAUAUUUCAUGUUUCUUGUGGAACACGUCCUCACGCUGAUCAAGCAAUUUAAAGAUAAGAAGAAGAAGAAUCAGAAGAAACCUGAAAAUGAUGAGGAUGUGGAGAGCAAGAAGCAGCUGUCCAAAUACGAAUCUCAGCUUUCCACAAACGAAGAGAAGGUGGACACAGGUGAACGACCUGAAAGCUAUCUGCAAGCGGACUCCCAAGAGCCCUCCCCCUUUGAUUCCCAGCAGCCCACGCUGUUGGAAGAGGAAGAGGUCAUGAUAGCCCACGCACACCCACAAGAAGUCUACAACGAAUACGUGCCCAGGGGCUGCAAGAACAAGUGCCACUCACACUUCCACGACACGCUGGGCCAGUCUGACGACCUCAUUCACCACCACCACGACUACCACCACAUUCUGCACCACCACCACCACCAGAACCACCACCCCCACAGCCACAGCCAGCGCUACUCUCGGGAGGAGCUGAAGGAUGCUGGCAUUGCCACGUUGGCCUGGAUGGUGAUCAUGGGCGAUGGGCUGCACAAUUUCAGCGACGGCCUUGCCAUCGGUGCUGCUUUCACUGAGGGUUUGUCCAGCGGGCUAAGCACCUCUGUCGCUGUGUUCUGUCAUGAGCUGCCUCAUGAACUCGGUGACUUUGCUGUUUUGCUAAAGGCUGGCAUGACCGUCAAGCAGGCAGUGCUCUACAAUGCCCUGUCAGCCAUGCUGGCCUAUCUUGGAAUGGCAACAGGGAUAUUCAUCGGGCAUUAUGCAGAAAAUGUUUCCAUGUGGAUAUUUGCCCUCACUGCUGGCUUGUUCAUGUAUGUCGCUCUGGUCGACAUGGUACCCGAGAUGCUGCACAAUGAUGCCAGUGAUCACGGAUGCAGCCGCUGGGGAUAUUUCUUCCUGCAGAAUGCUGGGAUACUUCUGGGUUUUGGAAUUAUGUUACUCAUUUCCAUAUUUGAGCAUAAAAUUGUGUUUCGUAUAAAUUUCUAAUUAGGUUCUAAACCCUGGAGCAGCUUAUAGAAGUAUUGUUGUCUGUAGUUGGAUAGAUGGUAGAAAUGCGUUCGCACGCUGUGACACAGCAGUUAAAACUAGUGGGCUUUGCGAUUUCUCUAUCAAAUGUUGCCAUUUGUUAUGCUUAUCAAGUCAGCUCCGUUGGGUAACAUAGCGGUACGUGUUAAUAUUUAAGUUAUUCUGUUUUGGAAAUGUAAAUUACAUGUGCGAUCCACCAGUAUUGCCCGGUUUACUGUGUGUCUGGGCAUGCCAUGUUCUGUAUGUUUUAGAGAAAGUGUCUUUUAUGCUCCUUUGUACAGCUUUAGCAUUGGUUCCCUGCUGGAGUUGGGCCCCUGCUCAUGGUGAGCAAGAAUGACCACAAAACCCAAGACACCAACAGUUCACACAGUGUAGCCAAGAAACGGAAGGAAAGGAUUGGGGAGGUGUGUAUUGCUUCGAAAAAUCACAAGAUUGGUUAUAAUGUAGAUUUGUUUUAAAGGGGCGUGUUUAGUUCAGCGUACUUCAUGAACAUCUGUCGGAUUGUUAAUGUUCCUGUAAAACAAGUGAGCACUUUUGAUACACUUCCUCUGGUUGUACAUUUGUGUAAUAGAGAAGUCUAAAUAUAUUAAUCCAAGCAGUGUGUCA